AUGAAUAUUAAAGAACUGAAUCAAUUUAUACUUGAUUAUGAACUCAAACCUUCAUAAAAACUAAUUAAAUACCUUGUAAUCAUUGGAAUAUCAGCAAUGAAAAACAAAACUUAAGACAUUUCCAUUGAAACCAUUAAACUAAUUGCAAGUUAUAAUUUCAAAUUUUCAUUUUUGUUUAGGUUCUUGUAAAUAGCAAAAACUAAGAGAUGGAAUGGCAGAACUUAAAGAAAAAGUCAUUAAUAUAUAAUAAUCUUUAUCAACAAAAAGUGGAAACUUAAUUUUUUCUCAAAAUAAAUCAAAUUAGAAAUAUAAGGAUUAAUUAAUGGAUUCAUAAUUUUCACCGAUCCUCAAGAAAAAGGAUGAUUUAUAAAAUAGAUCUAAAAAGCCUCAUAUAAAAUAAGAUAUUGAUAUCAAUCUUAAAUCAUUAAAUUAGAAUAAAAAAGAAAAUAAUCCAUAAAACAAUCAAUUUUAAUACUAAUCUUAAUCAAAUCAAUAAGUUUAAUAAUCUAACAAUUAUUUUAUAUAAAAAAAGGUUAGUCUUGAUCAAAUAGCAAAUAAUUUUCUUAGUUCCCCAUUGGUAAAGAAUCCAAUAUCAGCCAGAAAUAUUACAUAGUAAGAAAGUGAACUUAAAUGUAAUUAUUCAUAAUAUAUUCAAUAGUUUUUUUUAGAAUUCAUGGAAAUUGA